CUCAUUACCUCCAAAGUUACUUGGAUCUGGUGUGGUGCUCCUGCUUCUCUUUACAGUUGGACAGCACGAGGCUCUCCUCUGUCUCCUGUAUCUCCGUCUAAAUGGGUCUGAACAGGGUCGAGUUUGUGGCCUUCCUCACGUGGACUCUGCUGUUGCUGAGUUUGGUCCAGGGAUGGAUCGACAUCACCAACUCACACAACCUAAGGGACAUUUUGGCUGGACGGUACUCCCUUGAUGCAGUUAAGCCUGAUGCCCACGUAAAACUUCCUGUUCAAUUUUACAACGAGCAUGAUGCUGAUGAGGAUGAUGAUGAGGAGGAAGAAGAUGAAUAUUAUGACAAUGGGGAAGAUGAUGAUGAUUUAAAAUCUGGAUUUUAUGAACCUCAAACUCCUCCUACUGAAAAACCUGGCCCUGAAAAGGAGGACCCUACUGGAUUCCACUUUUCUUGUACUACAAAUGCAUUUAAGAUCGCCUUGUCUAUAAAGGAAGUGGCUGAAGUUAAAAUCAUCGGCCCUAAAGACUUGUUGAGUGUUCAGGAUGCAGCGAAAUCUUGUGGUUACAAUCUGAACAAAGAAAAAGGGAUCUUGAUUGUGCCCUUUACCGGGUGCUUUGUCAAAAAGGAGGAGAUGGACUUCUGGACUCUACAGCUGCUUUUGUCUGGAGGGUCUCAAGUCCGUACUGCUACUUGUCCUGGACCAAAAUCUGUUAAAAGUGGACUGUCUCCUUGGACUAACCCUCAACAAACCUCCCUGAUCUGCCCAUUCACUACAGUAGCCCCUUCCACUGUACAACAUCCCACGGAUCCACAACACCACCACCAUCAACACCACCACCAUCAACACCACCACCAACACCACCAACAUCAACACCACCAACACCACCACCAACACCAAGUAAUACAGCUACCAGUGCUGUCCACAACACCAAAGUGUGCCUUCCCCACUGUGGAGCGUUUGCCAUGUGGUGGUGCCUGGAUGAGUAAACAGGAAUGUGAUGCUCUGGACUGCUGUUGGUAUCAGGCCUCCUGCUUUUACCCAAUGGAUGAGUGCACAAGCGACUUCCACUUUGUGUUUUCCAUCCACCAUGACACGGCCUCCCUCCCCCUGGACCCUUCCAGCCUUGUCAUCCCCGGCACCAACUGUAAUCCAGUCAUCCUCACGGACACUGUCGCCGUCUUCAAGUUUAAAAUGAAUGAAUGUGGCACUAGAACGUUUACAGUUGGUGGGACCCAGAUUUAUCUUGCUGAAGUGCAAACGGCUGUUGAGACUCUAAACCUAAAAUAUGGCGCGAUUUCAAGAAGUGCUCAAUUGCGAUUCCUGAUUGAGUGCCGCUACUGCUCCUCUGGUAACACUUUGGCCAGCACUGGAUACAUGGUGAUAACUCCCAGCUCCACACUGCCCUCUGCUGUCUCCUCUCAUGGACUGUACGGGGUUGAACUGAAAAUGGCAAAAGAUGAGACUUAUUCCUCUUUCUACCCCACAUACCAUCUGCCCCUGCGCCUCCUGCUGGGCAGAAAAAUCUACCUCCAGUUGCACUUACUGUCUCCAACUCCAGAGGCGGUCAUUUUGGUCAACUAUUGUAUUGCAUAUCCACGCUCUGCUUCCAAUGCUUUAGUGCUUGUUUAUGAAGGGUGUGCCAAUCCUUACGACCCACACACAUUCGUCCUCUUAAACAGUGACUUUGGUGCAGCUGGGAAUGAGAGGAGGUUUGUGGUCAAGGCUUUUCAAUUCAUGGAACAAAAUACAAACCAGUAUCUGGAUGAAGAAAUAUACUUCAUGUGUUCUACAGAAGUUUGCUUCCCAAUGGAGAGAACAUGCGAAGAACAAUGUUUUGAUGGAAAUAUGUAGCGGCCUCUCGCUCCAGAUGACCUGCAUAGGGGAAGACUUAACAUUAAUAAACUAUUUUAUUGUA